AUAAAGAAUGUCAGUCAGACCGAUUACUGAUGCUGAAGUUGCAAGAGCAUAUGGACAGCCAUGGUCCACAUACACUGGGAUCUUCUUCUCUAUGCAAGGAGUUCUUGCAUAUAUGAAUAUGAACAAGAUAACUGCAGCUGAUAAUUUUUUCACAAAGAAAGGGCAAUUCCCAAGAUUUCUGUUUCUAACAGUUGGAGGAUACUAUGCUGGAAAAUAUAUUGUCCAAUACUUUGCAGGAGAUCAUGAAUUGAUGAGACUGCAUAAGACUCAUCUGUUGGAUAAAAGCUAUAAUGUCCAUGAGCAAUAAACUUCCUUGUAGUC